UUCGUUUCUAUAUUUUCUUCAUAACAAAGCUAUUAAGCUACGACAGACAGAUCUCAUCUGUCUGAGAAAAUGGCCGGCCGGUACGGAUUCUCGUCAUCUUCUCAGGCGACCAUGAAGGUCACCACCACUCCAUCUCCGGAUCUCGCUCUCACCAAUCUCGCUUACGUCUGCCCCUCCGAUCUCCAGAACUUCGCUGUCCCUAGCUCCAAGCUUUUCCUCGCUUUGAUCGGAAACUCAUUCGUUCUUUCUCUUUGUCCUCAUCCAAGCAUACACAGUGGAGAAAUCGCUCUAAAUGCAAUCCAACGUCGGCAUGCGAAAGUUUCUACUGGCGAUGCUGUACCGGUGAUCAGAUUUAUUCCACCUGAUGAAUUUAACCUGGCAUUGCUCACUUUAGAGUUAGAAUUUGUGAAAAAGGGUACUAAAAGUGAACAGGUUGAUGCUGUUCUCUUGGCCAAUCAGCUUAGAAAGAGGUUUAUUUACCAGGUUAUGACUUCAGGACAAAAGGUAUCAUUUGAGUAUCACGGCAAUAAUUAUAUAUUCACUGUCAAUCAAGCUGCUAUUGAAGGACAAGAGAAAUCUAGUGGCCCUGAAAGAGGGAUGAUAUCCAAUGAUACAUACAUUGUUUUUGAAACCUCUAAUCAAAGUGGAAUUAAGAUUGUCAAUCAGCGUGAAGCUGCCAGUAGUAACAUCUUCAGGCACAAGGAAUUCAAUCUUCAGUCUCUAGGUAUUGGUGGAUUGGGUGCUGAAUUCGCAGAUAUAUUUCGACGAGCAUUUGCCUCCCGUGUUUUCCCUCCACACGUGACAAAUAAAUUGGGGAUAAAGCAUGUCAAAGGUAUGCUGCUUUAUGGACCACCUGGUACUGGAAAAACUCUCAUGGCUCGUCAAAUUGGAAAAAUGUUGGAUGGAAGAGAACCAAAGAUUGUUAAUGGACCUGAAGUCUUGAGCAAAUUUGUUGGUGAAACAGAAAAGAAUGUUAGAGAUCUAUUUGCUGAUGCUGAAAAUGAUCAGAGGACUCGCGGUGAUGAAAGUGAUUUGCACGUCAUAAUUUUUGAUGAAAUUGAUGCUAUUUGCAAGUCGAGAGGAUCAACCAGAGAUGGUACUGGAGUUCAUGAUAGUAUUGUGAAUCAGCUACUUACAAAGAUAGAUGGUGUAGAGGCUUUGAAUAAUGUCUUGCUCAUUGGAAUGACCAACAGAAAGGAUUUACUUGAUGAAGCCCUACUGAGGCCGGGACGAUUGGAGGUUCAAGUUGAGAUAAGCCUUCCUGAUGAGAAUGGUCGUCUACAGAUUCUUCAAAUUCAUACAAACAAAAUGAAGGAAAAUUCCUUUCUUGCUCCUGAUGUGAACCUUGCCGAACUUGCUGCUCGUACAAAAAAUUAUAGUGGUGCAGAACUUGAAGGUGUUGUAAAAAGUGCAGUAUCAUAUGCUUUGAAUAGACAACUGAGUAUGGACGAUCUCACCAAACCAGUAGAUGAAGAAAAUAUCAAAGUGACUAUGGAUGAUUUCCUGAAUGCAUGUCAUGAAAUUGUUCCUGCAUUUGGAGCUUCGACUGAUGACCUUAAACGAUCCAGGCUUAACGGUAUGGCGGAUUGUGGUGAUCGACAUAAGCACAUUUAUCAAAGAGCUAUGCUACUUGUGGAACAAGUUAAAGUGAGCAAAGGAAGCCCGCUUGUCACAUGCCUUUUGGAAGGACCUAGUGGCAGUGGUAAAACUGCAUUAGCGGCUACUGUUGGCAUUGACAGCGACUUUCCCUAUGUCAAGAUUGUCUCAGCUGAGACAAUGAUUGGUCUUCAUGAGAGCACCAAAUGUGCGCAUAUUGUCAAGGUUUUUGAGGAUGCAUAUAAGUCACCGUUGAGCAUAAUUAUCCUUGAUGACAUUGAGAGGCUUCUGGAGUAUGUUGCUAUUGGGCCUCGAUUCUCUAAUGUGAUAUCUCAAACACUUUUGGUUCUUCUCAAACGACUUCCCCCAGAGGGGAAGAAGCUUAUGGUCAUUGGGACAACAAGUGAACUAAACUUUCUGGAUUCAGUUGGUCUUUGUUAUGCAUUUUCUGUGACUUACCAUGUACCUACUUUGAAGGCUAAUGACGCAAAGAGGGUGCUACAACAAUUGAAUGUCUUCGCUGAGGACGACAUCGAUUCAGCUGCAGAGGCACUGGACGACAUGCCUAUCAAGAAGCUGUACAUGUUGAUCGAAAUGGCGGCUCAAGGCGAAUCAGGUGGAUCCGCCGAGGCAAUCUAUUCCGGCAAAGAGAAAAUCAAGAUCUCUCACUUCUACGACUGCAUUCAGGAUGUGGUCCGAUUUUAGUUUCUAUUCAUAAAUUUCAUGAGUUUUCAAAAAUUAUAAACUAAUAAUAUCUACCUCUGAUAUUUUUUGCUCUCCAAAGUGUUUUGUAUUUAUAUGUAUAAUUUGAUCCUCCAUUUUUCUCCACUUGUUAUAUGUUAAGAUCCAUUUAGCUUUGCCUUUGUUGUAUUUUUGCAUAUUUUAAUUUGUGUGUACUUUUAAUGCUUAUCCCUUUUGAGAUAAUAAGGGCUUAGUUUAGUUUACUUUAUAUAUUAUAAUACAUGAAUUAAAGGGUGUUUUGACUUGA